GUGGCCUCUGACCUAAUGGCAAUGCCCUCCAAUCUAUUAAAUCUAUUGUUCCUGCAAGGAAGACUCAGAUGUUUGAUCGGAUGCAGCCGUUUCAAGCUCCUGGUGUCACAAGUGCGGAAGUGGAACUUCCAGACCAAUUCAAGCAGCAAUGCUUUCGAUGGUCGAGCAUGUGGAUGCGGACAUCUCUGAUGAAAGACCAGAAGGACACAAACAUGGCUGCCACAGUGACCGUGCAGACCGGGCCAUUGUGAAGCAUCGGAGGGAGAUGGCAAAAGCCGUGGGGAAUGUGAAGCAAUUCUUGAUGAAGAACCACUUCUCGGCGGAUCCCAAUGGCCAUAAGGGAAAGCUCUUUGUGACCUAUCCACUGCAUGAGGCAGUGAAACAGAACAAUCCAUACAUCACGUGGGCACUUCUCAUCUUCGGUGCAGAUGCAAGAACCAAGGACUCCUGGGGCCGAACUGCUUACGAGUACGGUGGUCGAGCUUCGCAGGAGAAAGUCCGUGAGGUUUUUCAGAAGCUUGGUGUCUCUCCUACAUCUCCAGUAUGGUCGGGUACCUCCAACCUGACACGCUUUCCACCGCCACGCGGUUGGGAGUGUUUCUUCGCAAGGCUUGCAAAGGAUCCCUUGGUCCAAGCGCCAAACUGUGAAGACCAAUGGUUGCAGGAACUCGGAGAGAAGACAUUGAAGUGCUGAAUGUGUUUUUCGUGCCACGCAGCGUUUUUUCAAGAAUUCGGUCAUCCAGUGUUCCCUCCUUGCUGUUUCACUGGGUUUGCACGCAGAUCUUGGGUGACUUGCCUAUGUGCUACGUGGCUUGUGCUAGCUUCUCACAGAGUGAUAUCACACAUCGAUCGACAUUUCGAUGCCAUGCAGUCCUAAUUAGCGACCUGAUUUUGGCAAGCUGAGUCAGGGAGACUUGGCCUAAGUAAGGCGAAGUGGAUCCCUGACAGGGUGGGGCUCGUGGCCCCCGGUCUUUUGCAUUCGGAGAUUGCUUUCUUCAGGUCUCCUGAUAUUAGUUUUUGGCGUCACGAAGUUUUGCGUAACGCUCAGAUGCAGAAACUCAUGUUAGGAACCUAGCACCUUAUUUUGGUGCAACUUUCAAGGACUGAAGCGUGUCCAUAGUUGCCUGCAGGCCAACAUGUAUCG